UAGGCGGGUCAACACUUCCCUGCCCCGACCCACCCCAUUUCCAUAUUCCUACCGUGCCUCGAAUUUUCCACCCUUCUCAAAGAAAGAGCAAUUAGUCCCCGUGGCAAGAAAAGUAGAACAAGUAGGAAAUGGAAGGAGCUAAAAAAGAAAUUCCGAUGAUCGAAAAAUGGCUGAAUCAACACCAUCAGCUAUAUACCGCUGCCACAAGACACCCAUUUACUCUGAGCAUCCGUGAUGGAUCUGUUGAACUCUCUGCCUUCAAAAGAUGGCUGGGCCAAGAUUAUAUAUUCGUUAGAGCCUUUGUCCCUUUCGUAGCAAGUUUACUGGUGAAAGCUUGGAAGGAAUCGGACGAUGAUUCAGACAUAGAGGUUAUCCUAGGCGGUGUCGCCGCACUGAAUGAUGAGAUAUCAUGGUUCAAGAGAGAAGCGUCUAAGUGGAGUGUUUCACUGUCCAGUAUCGUUCCUCAAAAGGCCAACCUGGAAUAUUGCAGAUUUUUGGAAAGCCUAAUGAGCCCUCAAGUAGAAUAUACUGUUGCCGUUACAGCUUUUUGGGCAAUUGAAACUGUCUAUCAAGAAAGUUAUGCGCAUUGUUUAGCAGAUGGCUCAAAAACUUCAGAAGAACUAAAAGAGACUUGUCAAAGAUGGGGCAAUGAUGAUUUUGGUCGGUAUUGUCGGUCUCUUCAAGAUAUAGCUAAUCGUAGUCUUGAGAAGUCACCUGAAGAUAUCAUCUCAAAAGCUGAGGCAAUUGUUAUACGUGUACUAGAGUAUGAAGUUGAGUUUUGGAACAUGAGUCGCGGGGAAAAUUGAGUACCUCUUGACUGACCGUGAGUCGUUAGGUAAACUGAGUUCCAGUGGUUUAGAAGUCUAUUCCAUCUAUAAACUAGGACGAUAUGUUGUACUCUAUAUAGAAAACAUGCUAACAACUUAUAGCAAACAAUUGUACUUUGGCAUGUUUUUGGCCUCACUAGGAUCACUCUUGGAAGUGUGUUUUUCAUGCAUUUAUGUGAA